AAAGGGGUUCUGAAAGUUGCUGCUGGCUUUUGCCCUUUGCUUUGAACAAUCUUGUCUUUUUAUUUGACUGUUGUGUGGUCGCCGUUGUACAAAUGGCGAAAACUUCGGAGGCACUGGAUGUGCUUGCUGCGGAGGACAUGAAAGCAGAACGUUUCUCUGAUGCCAUCAGCAAGUACACAGAGCUGCUGGAAAAAGUUCCUGGAGAGAGUGUUAGGUGGUUCUGUGCUCGAGGUAAUGGUCAUCUCAAGAAGGGGUCAGCGACUGAAGCACUGGAAGAUGGAAAGAAAGCGAAAAGACUGGACGAAACCUCAGUGGAAGCCUGCAUUCUGUGUGGAAGGGAUCAAGAGAAACAAACCACGAAGGAGGACUCCUCUUACUCUGCCGUCACUCUGUGCUCACAAAGCAUUUAUCCCGGGGAUGAUCAGCUCUUGACUAUGGAGAAAGAAAUUUUGGAAGUCAAGUAUAAGAUACUGGAUGAUCCAGCUUAUUCGCUACAGACUCCCCCUAAGAAGAGAGAUGCACAGCUAGAGGGCCAGCUGGUGCAGGCAGCCUAUGAGUUUUUCACCGCAGAGAGACUCGAGGAAGCCUUGGAGUUGAUGUCAAAACUGAUAACAUUGGAUCCAAGAAAUUUGUUCUACAGAACUUUCAGAGCACAGAUUUAUUUCAACAUGAGUCAGUGGCCUAAAGUGAUUCAAGACUACUGGGUGAUUCCCAAAGCUCAGAGGAAAGCUGAAAUUUGGAAGCAAGGAGGGAAAGCUUUUGUGGAGCUGUGGCUUCCGGUUCUGGCCGAGUUCUGGCUGAGAAAAGCGACACAGCUGAGUGGAGGGAAAGACGAGGAGGCGGCCAUGUUGUUUCAGAAAGUCAGAGUGAGGCGUUUGUACGAGCCGUUGACGGAAGAUCAGCCCGUCCAAGUUGACUUCACGCAGUUUGGCAGAGCUGUAUUUGCAAAGGAGGAUAUCCCUGCUGGUGAGACCGUCAUGAUGGACAUCCCAAUGGUCAUAGCACAGUCGUUGUCAACUCGACACAUACCUGCAUGUGCCAACUGUGCCACCUCUCUCAUUUCACCGGAGAUCUACUUUGAGAAAAAACUGAAUUUAAUGGGCAAAGAGCAACAGGAGCUAAUUGAAGACCACUGGCCAAAAGUGUCGGAAAUUUGGUGUGAGCAUUGUGGAAAGGAGCGAUACUGCAGCAACAUCUGCAAAAAUGAGGCUUGGGAAGUUUAUCACCGAGUAAUCUGUCCGCGCUUCAACCCUGGAGCGGACACUCUCUACGCUGUGAUUGAACAAGGGGGCUUUGGCUACACGGCGGACGGCAAAUGGGAUGAGGUCUGGAAGGGUCACUUCAGUCCAAUGAUUCUGGUGAAAAUCUGGGCUAACAUCGCCUCCCAAGUGAGAACCAUGAUGGAGAAUGAUGGCGUGAAGGAACCCACCGUGGAACACUGGGCCAGAGCUAAGGCUCCUUAUCGCAGGUUCAUCGCCUUUGGUACAAUGCCUGCUAUGCAGCGUAUGCCGCAUGCCUUGCCAAUGUUCCAGGCUGCUUUUGCUGACUGUGGUGGGGGACUCAGUUACAAAAUCACUGAGGAUGAGUUUAACGGGCGCUACUACCAGGCUGCCUGCAACCUGCAGAGUUUCUCCUGCUCCAUCACCCCAUACCACCACUUUAUGAACAACAUCAAGGACGACUUGAGAGGGAUCGGAGUCCUCAAGCACUUAUCCGACCGUCCCCCAGAAGCGCAGUUUGCGGCACUGUGCCCACUCCAUGCCUGCAGCAACCACUCGUGUUUGAACAACGCAGAAGUCUGUGACUUAGACAUCAAUGGCCGUCCUGGUGUUCAGAUGAUUGCUCGCAGAGACAUCAAAAAAGGCGAGGAAAUAUUUAUCACCUACAUCGAUACCUCCAUGCCUAAGACACUGAGGAAAGCUUGGCUCUUCAAGUCGUUCAACUUCUGGUGUCAGUGUAAGCGAUGUCAGUUUGAGGGCGACACACCGUCGGAAUGCACACACUGCCUCAAGAAGGCACCAGAAGACAAGAAAUUUGCCGCUUGCGGCAAAUGUAAGAGGGCGUGGUACUGCGGAGCUGCGUGCCAGAAGGCUUCCUGGAAGAACGGACACAAGAUUGUCUGUCAGACUCCCCACUCGCAGGCAGUUUUUGAUACGUGAUUUUCCUGCUUGCUGCCCGUGGAUGUGUGCAGUGUUGCCCCGCCCCGUUUCCUGCUUCCCUCCACCCC